CAAAAUGUACUUCCGGGUCACGUGACUAGUGGGCGUGUUUAAAAAAGUCAGUGCAGGGUUACCAAUCCAUGUUUUGUUUAUCGCGGUGUAUUUCUUGUUGUUCCGCUGUUUUGACAUGGACCAGGUUGUUCCUCAGUCCAAAAGUGUUCUUUGCAUCCUGACAGAUAAGAAAGAUCACUCUAAAUAUGUGUGUUUUACACAAAAGGAGCCUGCAGGGAUAGUGAUUGGACUGAGUAAUGGUGAAUCUGUUUGGAAAGCAGAUUUGUCAGAAGAAACCCUCUCACAACUUAAAAAGAAACUAUCAUUGAAAUCAACAGAAGACUAUGCCUUGAAACUAAAGAACGCGUGCCGGAGCGGCAGUGCAUUUGUCUCCCUACAGGAGGAUAACACUGUGCUUCACCUCAGCUCUGAGCCUUCAGACCUUACUGUGUCUUUGUCCAAGCUCACAGAUCAUGAGGGAAGGACGGAGCUCAAAGAUCUGCUUUUUAAGAUGGCUGACAGUCUAAUGCAACAGGAUAAUAAAGGAUCCACGUCUUCAAGUCCUUUUAAGACCCAACAGAAGAGGAGCACAGGAUUUGAGCCCAGGAGACAGCCAACGGGCCCAACGAUAGCAGCAAAGAAACGUCUCCCAGGAGAUUCACUCAUAAACCCAGGAACAAAACGGAAGCGCUCUGCUACAGGAGUGGCUUUUGACGACGGAGACGACGCAUGAACCUCCUGAUCCCGAUCCUGACAUAACGCUACAUGUUCCUGUUUUUAACCCUACAACUCAAUCAGUGCAAUUCCUACAAGCUUGACAGUUUUUAUCAAAUGAAAUCAUCAUGACUCGGCAUUAUUUUUAAAAGUGUAUGAUUUUAAACCUUUUAAACCUUAUCUGAAAUAAAAAUAA